GAAGAAGGUGGGGUGAGCUAGUAGAUGUAUGUGUAUUUUCAUAAGAGGGGUUGAAAGGUAGUCUGAAAGACUGGUUGUUCUGUAUUUAAGACUGCCAGCAGAUUGUUUUCAUCAGUUAGGUUUAGGGUCUUUCCUUCUUGUCCCAGGUGCAGUUACUGUACAUUCUGUAUUCCCCUCCCAGUCUUUUAUUUAAUAUCAGGAUAUCAGGGGCCGCCUACGUGUUUCUGUUUCAGGUAAAGAGCCAGUCGAGAGUGCGGCUUGCUUGUUUAAUGAAGGCGAGGUGUGAAAUGCUCGUGUCGAGUGUUAUCUCGAUCACCUCUGAAAAACAGACAGGGAGGAAAGGAAGGAGAGAGUGGACUAGGCAGAAUGGCACCUUUCCUCAACCUAAUGACUAUCUGGAUCUUGCCAGUUUAUUUUGAGGGGGCACUCUCCCGACAGGCCGUUCUUGUGGAUAGUCCCAUUUACAUCAAGAUGGGGGACUCCGUCACUCUCCCCUGCAAGUACAGCACCACCCCUGCACGGGGCUUCACUCUGGAGUGGAGGUUCGCUGCUCCGGGAUCAGAUGCCGUCCAGGCAGAGAGGGUCUUGUACUUCGACGGGACUCUCUACCAGGUCACUUCCUGGGGCGGCAGGAUGCAGCUCCUCCACAGCCCCCCCACCGGUGGGACGGCCUCCAUCCGCAUCGUGGACAUCCGGCCUUCCGACACGGGGCUGUACAUCUGUGAGAUCACUAACCCCAGCGACUGGUCCGGGAGUGGAACUGGCCUCAUCAACCUCACCGUGCUCAUGCCCCCCUCCACCCCAGUGUGCAAACUGAACGGGAAUCCCUCCGUGGGACAAGAUAUCACUCUCACCUGUAAGGCCACACAGGGCCUCCCACAGCCCAUCUACACCUGGACCAAAGAGAAGCUCCAGAGACUUCUGCCGGCCAGCAGUAUGGUACAAGAUCAGAGGACUGGCACCCUCUUCCUGCAGAACCUGUCUUCUCCAUUCUCUGGAACCUACACCUGCCAGGCCUCCAAUGAGCUGGGACAGGCCUCCUGCAGAGUCAAUGUCAGUGUCUCCUACACCAGCACUGCAGGAGUGAUUGCAGGAGCCAUUAUGGGCACCUUUCUCAUCCUCCUCAUCUUCGGAGCAGUGGGCGUCUACUUCCUUUGGUACAGAAAGAAAAAGAGCAAAAAUCCCCAAACAGGAAAUGAGAUCAGGGAGGAUGAUACAGCCCCUGCAUUUUACGCUCCAAGACAGAAGCAUGAAGAUACUAGUUCUCAACUGCUCAACCACCACACAGAAAGACAUGAAACGUCCAGUCUUUCCAGUCCAAAGCUUAGUGGCUUCGUCUGACACAGUCUGUUUUACACUGUUGUUCUCAGGUCUCCCAGGCUGAAAUAUCUCCAUUUUAGCACCAAAGACCACUGCAACAGAUUCCAACCUCUCUUUCAGCUCUUACUGAUUUUGCCCUUUAUAUGGAUACUGGACAUUCUUUCGUUUCGUUUGACAUUUAAAUCAGUCCUUCGUAUUGAUUUUGUUUGUAUAU